UUUAAUCGGGUGGAAUUAAAACCCAAUUGAUUGGCCAGUUACCUGUUCAAAACUGAUCCCUUUGUCGCUAACUAGCUCAGCCAUAGCGCCCCAACACACCUAGAAAUUGUAAUAAGUUAUCAGACUUAGAUUUAGAUCGAAACUUAAUUUGCGGACUCGCCCGCCAUAGAGUUUGGCCGCGACCAGGCUUCUGGUCUGCAACUAACACUUUCCAGUCUCGUUUUUGAAGGAAACCUGGGAAAAAUUGAUCCCAAUUUGUGAUCAGCUAAACAAACUUGAGCUUAAAACAUGGCUCCAAUCCCUUUUUCAAUUAGCAGCAAAUCUUUCAAUUCAUUUACAACAGUAUGAGUGGCGUCUCUAUUCGAUUUUUGACUCGCAGGAGCUGUAGAAUAUGUGUUCACGACUAUUUCUUUGCCCGGACGCCACGGACCCUCGAUCAGACUACUAUCAGGAAGCAAUAGUGCCUCGACAUGAGUUGUGAUAGAGUGGCGCCGACCACUCCACCGCCCGCCCUACUGCUGCUCAUACUUUUUAUCCUACUCUCUACUUUUUUCACACCUGUUUCUGUUGCAGGUAGUAGCCAUUAUGCAGGUUUCAAAACGGCGACUUUGCCGGUUAGACAGACAGCGUCAGUUGACCUCAGCCACAUCAGAGCAGCCAGUUUCUACACCAGCAACACAUCCAUAUUCUCAUUCGACCAAUCGCAUCUCACCCCAAGAGGACUUCUAAGAAUGGACUUGGUUAACUUACACCAGAUAAUGUCAGAAAUUAAGAGCAUCGAGAUCCAAGCGGAGCUGGAAAUCAGUAAAGAUGUCCCUGAUUUAUUCUCACUGCAUAUUUCGACUAAAAGUGACUCGACCGGUUUCGGAUGUAAAUCGCAACCAUGUCCGCUAGCCGAGUUACAGAUUUUCAACGAACAGCUCUCUUUACAUUCCAACCAAUUUGACCAUACAUAUCAAUCAUUUCGGACUACUUCCGAACACUAUAACGACAGUAUUUCACGACAAAAAAUUGGGUCCAAGAAAUGUUUUCGGAUCAAAAUUGACGAUCAAGGCAUGGUAAACGCCUUGGAAUACUUCAUAAGCAUGAACUCUGACUGUUUUCACGUGUUCACAAACAGAGACAGUUCUAUUAGUUUGCUGAGUCGACACUUUUCUCGACCUCUUUUGAACUUGAAAGACGAGACUGAUUUGUACAUUGGACUGAACAGAUUAGUGGGCAGUGAAAAGAGAUCUGGAACUAGUUUGAAGCGAAUCAGUAUGGUGGUCAAUGCUGGCUUUCAUCAGAAUGAAUUGGUGAUUUUGAACAGUGAUUGGUGCCGAUGGAUAGACGAGGACCAGUUUUACUGCAGCUGCCAAGUGGGAUACAUAUGGAAUCAGAACACUCACACUUGUGAUGAUGUGGACGAGUGUAGUGUGAUGGCAUCCGUGGAGGUUUUGUCUGUUCUGCCUACGAGUUGUGUGCACAAGUGUGUGAACCUGCAAGGCUCCUAUGACUGUGACUGCCACCCUGGAUUCAAAGUAGAUCCCCAACUAUUCUUCAACUGUAUAGAUAUCGACGAAUGUCAAGAGUCAAGAAAUCCUUGCAAAAUUGGACGGUGCGUCAACACAAUCGGCUCGUAUUAUUGCGACUGCUAUGGUGCCGAAGACAGUGCACUCUAUAAAUCUUUGACAACUUCCGAAUAUAGAAGCAUGUGUGAUGGUCGAACGUCCCACAUUUGUCGACCAAUGCUCGGACGACUAGGUGGAUGCCAGCAUUAUUGUCAUUCUACAUCACGCGGAACUUUGUGCACAUGCCGACCUGAGUAUACUUCUGUUGGUAUAAAUCAAUGCAGACCAACUUGUUACCAUGGCAACUUCGGAUGCAGUCAACAAUGUGAAAUGAUUGACGACAUGCCCACGUGCACUUGCUACCAUGGAUACGAGAUCGACCGUGAACACCCGAAUAUGUGCGUAGAUGUGAACGAAUGUGAACAGCGCGUGAAUGAGUGCACUCACGGAUGCGUGAACACAAUUGGGGGUUACUACUGCACAUGUCCUGAUGGGUUGAGUUGGCAUGUGGACCAGAAGACAAACACUUCAUACUGUGCUGACAUUGAUGAGUGCCGAUUCCUCGGACGUAUGUUAUGCGACCACCUGUGUGUGAACACAUUUGGUUCCUACCACUGCGACUGUCCCUCGGGGGGCUACGAACUGUUUGGCGGAAAGCACUGUCUCGACAUUGACGAGUGCACUCGUUUGGGAGACAACGGAGGCUGCGAGCACUUCUGUGUCAACAGAGAAGGAGGCUUCGCCUGUGAAUGCAAGCAAGGAUAUCUGCUGCACGCAAACAUGUUCAGUUGCCGAGAAAUCAGUCAAUGUCCUCAGCUGACCCCGUCCCAGCAUCAGACAAUCAAGUGUAAAACAGUACCAAAUGGGGACGAGGAGUGUGAACUAACAUGUGAUGAGCACAGUGCAUUCUUCCCCUUCUACGGUCACCCUACAUCAAUCACUCUGCAUUGCAAUGUGUCUCAAGGGGGUGCAUUCUGGUACACUAGGGGAGGAGGGGAUAUGUUGUAUUCGAACCAGAUGGGCUAUAUGGGGGCACCUGAUUGUCAUCAGCCAAGCCGAAUAUUCACGAAAGUAGAAGCUCACGUGGCUCUAAGUGGUUCAUUCUGCACUUCCACAACGGAAUUCAUCAACCACAAUCGCAACGCAUUCAGGAAAAAAGUCCGAUCUCAACUAAUUAGCGCAGGUCUACUAGACACAUGCACAAAACCAUUCAAAUGUGAUGUGGGAAAUAUUUACGCACAGUGUGUCGAAAAAAAUUCGACCCAUUUUGGAGAAGACGAUAAAUAUUUCUUCAUAGUUCCGGUCAAAAUGUAUGCAAACUUGGGUCCUCGCGAGCGUCUAGUCACUUCGGCCCAUCAGAUUAAAUCAACAGUGGCAUUCUUCAUAGAGCGCCACAUCGUCCGAGUUCUAACCAGUGGGGUACUGAAGAGCAAGAGAGUGAGACCUCUGAGGAAGGCGAGAGUGGACGAGAGAUACUUCAGUGUCCCCACCAGUCUCAGGAUGAAGCAGAAGGAGUGUCCCAGUACUAACAUGUUUGUCGAUCAAUCAGUCACUUCAUGUCUGAGGUGCCCCAAAGUACCGACGAUAGCAACAGUAUCUGACAGUAGAGGAAGAAGUUUCUGCAUCGACUGUGGAAUUGGAAACGAGCCAAAUGAAGACAAGACUCAAUGCGUGAAAUGUUCAGAGCCAGGAUUUACAUUACCUGGGCAGAAAAAAUGUGGAGGCUUGUGCACUCCUGGACAUUGGGGAGUCUAUAAUGCACACGAGACACAGAGCAGCUGCAAGAAGUGUCGACCAGGAUACUUUCAGCCGAGACACGGGAGAAGGGAAUGUCACAAGUGUACAAAUGGAAUCGUGUCACCGGAUAGAACAGAAUGCACAAACAAAGUGUCGUGCGGACAAGACUACUUCUCUAGAAAUGGGAGCUGUGAAAAAUGUCCAGAUGGAAUGGGCACUGAUGACCCUGGAUCGAGCAUCGCCAGGUGCAAAGACAGAAGUUGCAAGCACAUAAACCUUGGUAGUCAAAGUGGUGCCUUUUCCACGCCAAACUGGCCCUACAAUUACUCUAUUGACUCCAGUUGCCAAAUGAGAAUUCCAGACUCUGUCACCAGAGGUACUCGGAGCAUUCUUAUCUUCAUUUCUCAAAUUAGAAUAGGUGCAAAUGAGGAGCUACAAGGCGAAAUCGCAAUUCAAGGCAAAAAAUCUGGUCAUACGUACUUUCUGUACUACAAAACAUCCACUUACAGACCCCAAGUGCAAUUCAUCAGAAUUGACCCCGAGUUAAACGAUGAACUGGUUUUCGAGUUCAAAAGCUCCGGAGGGGAAACGGACAGAGGAGCUGUCAUCUUCUACUUCACCAUUCCAGAUGAUUCACCCUUCCUCAACAAUCCAGUGCUACAAGACAACUUUCAGCAGAAUAUCCUCACCAGAAAUAUCAUGAAAGACGUCAUCACAAACCCAAUACGAGUCGCCCAACUGGUCAAAAUCAUGCAGCAAGUGGGGGAUGUUUGCUUUAAAAGGGAGCCAUUUACAUACGGAACCAGGGAUCUCAUUUUACCCGAAUCUGUGUACAAUGGAUUUCUAAUGGACUUUUUAGUUUCUCCUGUAAUUAAAGUCUGUAUGGAAACUCAGUAGUUAUUAAUUAUCGAUUCCGAAUUUAUUGAAAU